AUGGGGGACUUAGGUGUUGGUGGAACUGGAGCUGGUGCAGAGGGCAAAGGUGGUGAUCGAGUUGAUGCAGCAGAAGGCCUUAUUAUUGAAGGGGGCCUUGGUGUGGGGGCAGUGGGUACGGAUGGCCGUGGUGGUGAAGUUAGAGGAGGUGCAACGGCGGGCCUUAGUGGUGCGGGGGCAGUGGGUACGGAUGGCCGAGGUGGUGAAGCUAGAGGAGGUGCAACAGCGGGCCUUAUUGGUGGUGCAAUAGAGGGCCUUGGUGGUGCGGGGGCAGUAGUUGGUGCUGGAGCUACAACUGGUGCAACAGUGGGUCUUGUUGGAGCUACAGCUGGAACUGGUGGGCGAGGUGCAGGUGGUGCAACAGUUGGGAUUGUUGGAGCUGCAGCUGGCACUGGUGGGCGAGGUCCAGGUGGUGCAACAGUUGGGAUUGUUGGAGCUGCAGCUGGCACCGGUGGGCGAGGUGCGGGUGAUGGAACAGUGGGGCUUACUGGAGCUGCUGUUGAUACCGGUGAGCGAGGUGCAGGGGGGCUUACUGGAGCUGCAGUAGAGGGCCUUGGUGGUGCGGGAGGAGUAGUUGGUGCUGGUGCUGCAACUGGGGAAGAUGGUUGCGCAGUAGGAGCAGGAGAAGGAGACCGUGGUGGUGGCAGCUGUUGGGGUGGUGGUGGAGGGGGUGGCUGCUGA